AAGUCUCAGUCCCACAUAGCGAUAGCGGUGCGUCUCCAUUACUCGCAAUGUUGGAGUUCUGCUGCUGCAUUGUGGCUGUAAUUGACGCUUAAUCCCAAGCAGACGCCAUUCCUACGCCUUCUCCUCAAUCAUGGCUGGCGGAGAGACCACGGCGUUGGCAGCGGCGCCGGCCUUGCUCCGUUUAAUUAGGGAUAUAGGCCGUGUCUCCGGUGCCGGAUUUGCAGGGGUUUACAAGAAGGACUGUGCGGAUUUGGCCCGCAGAGUGUCGCUGUUGGCGCAUUUGAUUGAGGAAAUUAGGGAUUCGGAGAAAGUUAGAAGGAAUGACGGGGAGGGAGAUGGAUCUUCGUCUUCUUCUUCGUCUUCACGAAGUUCGUUUUUUUCUGAUUUAACUGUGGCGCUUCAGGCUGCGAAAAGGGUGGUCUUCGCUGCGAACAACAUUGAGAGCUCCGAGACUACCUCUGAUGGAGCAACAAAGAAAAUCUUCUUUCAGUUUCAAUGCGUGACAUGGAAAUUGGAGAAAGCUUUGACUAACUUACCCUAUGAUGAUUUUGAAAUAUCAGAAGAAGUGCAAGAACAGGUUGAAUUGGUCCGAGUACAGCUGAGAAGAGCCACUGAAAAGUAUGGUGGGCCUCUGAAUUCAAGCUUGUUGAAGAGGACAUUGUCACAGCCACUGGACAAAGAGAUCGAUCCAUUUAAGCCAAGCUUGAAAGCCAUUGGCACUCUGCGCGCAGAGAAUGUCGAUCAGGGCAUCCAAUCGAAAGUGGAAACUCAGUUUGAAAGUAACGGGAUAGAAAACCAUGCUACAAAAGACAAUCAAAACAAAGAAAGUUUGAGGAGCUCAACCACAUCACAUGAAAUUCAAGCUCCCAAGGAUCCCAAAAAUGGGAGGAUCAAAAUCGCAACAUGGAAGAGUCUAGACGAUUUGAAAAAGUUAGAUUCUCCCGUAAUUCCUGAGGAUUUUCUCUGUCCUAUAUCCCUUGAACUUAUGAGGGAUCCCGUAAUUGUUGCCACGGGACAGACCUACGAGAGAUCUUACAUACAAAGAUGGAUAGACUGCGGAAACACAACGUGCCCCAAAACUCAGCAGAAGCUUCGGCAUCUUACCCUGACUCCGAACUAUGUAUUGCGCAGUCUGAUAUCUCAAUGGUGCUUGAAGCAUAAUAUCGAACAGCCGACUGCAAUGAUGAGCGGUAAGAUUAAAAAGAGCGACGGAUCGUUUCGUGAUGUCACUGACGACAUAGCAGCGGUCGAAGCACUUGUUCGUAAGCUCUCAAGCCGGUCCAUGGACGAUCGUAGAGCUGCAGUAGCUGAGAUCCGGUCGAUAUCUAAGAGAAGUACUGACAAUCGAAUCUUGCUUGCCGAUGCCGGAGCCAUUCCGAUUCUUGUUAGCCUAUUAACAUCUGAGGAUGGACAGAUUCAGGAUAAUGCUGUGACCUGUAUUCUCAACUUAUCGAUCUACGAAAACAACAAGGGGCUGAUAAUGCUCGCAAAUGCCGUCCCGUCUAUCGUUCAAGUCCUCCGAGCUGGAAGCAUGGAAGCCAAGGAGAACGCCGCCGCAACCCUUUUCAGUUUGUCUCUUGCAGAUGAAAACAAAAUCAUAAUCGGUGCGUCUGGUGCGAUUCCCGCGUUGGUAGACUUGCUUCAGAGCGGGAGCGCCCGAGGGAAGAAAGAUGCCGCGACUGCGUUGUUCAAUUUGUGUAUAUAUCACGGAAACAAGGGAAGGGCCGUAAGGGCGGGGAUUGUGACGGCGCUAUUGAAAAUGCUGACAGAUUCGAGUAACUCCAUGAUCGACGAAGCUCUAACCAUUCUAUCUGUUCUUGCCAGCCACCAAGAGGCGAAAUCGGCGAUCGUGAAAGCCAGCACGAUACCCGUCUUGAUCGAUCUCCUGCGGACGGGUUUGCCUCGCAACAAAGAGAAUGCAUCUGCGAUUUUACUUUCUUUGUGCAAAAGGGAUCAUGAAAAUCUUGCGUGCUUAAGUCGACUCGGCGCUGUGAUACCGCUCUCGGAGCUUGCUAAGACGGGCACGGAGAGAUCGAAAAGGAAAGCGGCGUCGUUGCUGGAGCAUCUUCGCAGGGCAGAGCAGCCAUGAGAGGAGGUUAUGUAUUCAUUUGUUCUGUGUAUUUUUACCAGAUCUGACUGUCGAUAUAUCGACGACGAUUACACAAAUUUUUAAGGUGUGUGGAAGAGGAGGGAUUCGUUAUUGAAAAGCAUGAGAAAGAAGCAAGUUUUCAUGCUCCCCCUCUCCUUUGGUAUUAAUUUUAAUUUACAGCGUUCUUGAGUGCCCCCAAAUAUUUGUUCGAUCUGCUUAUUUCUGUAAGUUAUGACUUCCGAGAUUAAUUGAUUGAUGGUUUCUUCGA